UCUCCCCCGCCGCAGUGGGAGGAAGUUGAACCACAAAGCAAGCAGUGCUCGCAGAAGAAAAAACACAGAAAAACUAUAUAUCACGAAAAAGGGGGCGACUAAAAAAAAAAACAUGUGCCAUAUUGGAGCUGGGGAACGAACAACAACCUAAAAAACCCGACAACAACAACAAACACGGAGCUGCUGCUUGAUAGCUGGACAGUAUCGCCCUGCCUCGGCUGGAGCACCGGAACACACAGCGGGGACUGACGCUCUGCUGUAGCCGAGUGAGAGGCGCCUCUACACGGAUACGCUCGGUAGGCAGGAGUCGGUCGGAGGACGGAGGAGAACCAGGACGACGACCGACCGACCUGCUCGUCACUGUAACGGCGGCGGCUGCUCUCUUUUCCUCUUUAUUAUUUAACCUACAACACGGAGCCACAUUAUCUAUAUAUUUUUAUUUUAAUGUGUGUAUUUUUUAUUUUAUAUUUUACAUCAACAUAGCAACAAGAAACGGUGGUGGACGUUAUUAUUAUUAUUAUCACUAACCGCCGAAAAGUAGCCGUUGGAAGCCAGGCGUUCUAUCCCUCCCCCCGGAGAGAAGAGACCGAGAAGAGCCAGAGAAGAGCCUGUCCCUCCCUCCUCUAGCCUCUAUUAUAAACACCCUACAACGCACAGAAGGGGAGCAAAAUAUGGAUUAUUUUAUGCGGUUUUAUCUAUAUUUUUGAGCCAUUUUUUGGGACUAUUUCUUCCUCCCUUCUUCCUCUUCUUCCGCCACUCAGCAGCCAUUAGCUUAUUAUUUAAAAAAAAAAAACUCGACUAAUACUCCUCCAAAAAAGAGGAUCUGCUCAAUUUAAAUAACCUUAAACGUGUUAUAUCUUUCUAUUUAACCUCUGCUGUUUAGUUAGGUCUGCCUGCUUUGCUUUCCUCCCUCCUGGUUAGCAGCAGGUUAGCGUGGUAGCUAACUUAGCAGCAACCCAAAUAUCGAUAUUUGCUCUACUAGUGUGUGUGUGUGUGAGAGAGGGAUUUUUGGCACCUUUUUGUGCAUGAAUUGGACUUGGAUUUUUUUGCUGCUUAACCCUACUUAAAUAUCCUUUUUUUUGGGCGUAAUUGAUGAGCUGAUAAGGGACAUUAAGGGCUCUUAAACGUUGCACAGGAAGCCCUCAAACAGCAGCAGCAGCAUAAACAGCAGUGUGUGUGUGUUGGUUGGUUGGUGUGUGUGUGGAUUUUUUUCUAGCAUGCAAAACAUGACUCCUGCUUUCUCGGUGACCUGUGCAUGUGUGCUUUGAUUAUAACAGCUUAUCUGGAGAGAUUUUUUUGCAUUAUUUUGUUUUUUUGUAUAGCAGUUUGGUUGGUUGGUGCACCAGCUGAGAUAUUAAGGACUUUGGAGAAGAAGAAGCAGAAGAAGCACCACCAGUAGGAGCAGCAACCCUGAUGAUCUCAACCUGUCGCCUACUUGUGUCCUCCUCCUCCCUAAAUUUCCCCCUUUUUUUGGUCUCACUGAUUAUUUGUGAGGAGGGAGAAGAAGCAACAACUCCUGUUUUAUUACUGUACAGCUGCUUUUCCCCCAUUUUUUAAAAACAAAAGUCUGCAGCCAUUUCACUAUCAUCACAGCGCAGUGUUUACAUUUUUAAGAAGGAGGAAAUCCCCCCCACCCCUUUACCCCUACCCUACCCCCCACCACCACCACCACCACCCUUGAAUGAAUCACAUGCAGCAGGAGCAGCACUGGAGGAGACGAACCCCUGUUGUAUUUUGGACAUAUUUCCAAUAUCAAGAAGAGGAGAGAGGAGAAGGAGAUUUCCUACAGACGUGUAACUAGGAUUUAUUUUUCUUUUUUUUGUUAUUUUUUGGAGGCCACAAUAUUAUAACAACAUAACAAUAAGAAGGAGAGCAAGUGCAUGCUUUUUGCACCUCACAGACGGAGAGGAAACCUGCAAUUUUGGGUUUUUUUUGCACUACAUGGGAUUACAAGCACUCUGAUCUUGCACCCCCCCCCCCUCAUCCAUCUCUCUUGCUUUUAAAUGUCUUCCUUGAGGAGGAUGGUAGUUUGACUCUGAGCUCAAACACACACACAGGGAGAGAGAGACACACAAGCAAGCAACUGAGACCCCCCCCCUCCACAAUCCCUCCCCAAAAUCAGUCGAUGGUCAGCCCUGCUGUGCUCUCAGCUGCAGCCCCCCCCCUGUCAUCACGCACCUUGGCACUUGAUGUUGUUGGUGAUCAUAUAUCUGAUGGAGGACAUUGGUUUUUUUUAAUUCCCUAAAAACAAAACCAAACCAACCUCUCCCCCCCUUCUUCCUCCACCUCCACUUCCACCACCACCAGCCUUCAUCACCACUACCAUCAUCAUCCUCCAACCCCCCCCCCCCCCCGGUUAUUAUUGUAUUGAUAUUUGGUCGUCCCAGGGUCGAAAGAUGGCGGACCUCGAAGCAGUACUCGCCGAUGUCAGUUAUUUGAUGGCGAUGGAGAAAAGCAAAUCUACUCCAGCAGCCCGAGCGAGUAAGAAAAUCAUCCUGCCUGAGCCCAGUAUUCGCAGUGUGAUGCAGAAGUACCUCGAGGAAAGAGACGAACUGACAUUUGACAAAAUCUUCAACCAGAAGAUCGGCUUCCUGCUGUUUAAAGACUUCUGUAUGAACGAGAUCGACGAGGCCGUGCCACAGCUCAAGUUCUACAAGUAAAUUAAGGACUACGAGAAGCUGGACUCAGAGGAGGAGAGGUUGAGCCGCAGCCGGCAGAUUUACGACGGAUACAUCAUGAAGGAGCUGCUGUCCUGUUCACAUGUGAGAGACACACACACACACACACACACACACACACACACACACACACACACACC